AGCAGUGGAGGGAGGAGAGAGAGAAAACAAAACAAACACACACACACACACACAUACACACACACACAAAACAAACAAAAAGCGAGUACAACACCACUGCAGGCUACCCCCCUUCCCCUCUUUUAUUUUUCAAAAGUAGCUAGGAAAAAAAUAAAACAACAGCCAACCAAGUCAAUCCCAACCCAACCCCCUGAAGGGCUGAAUCCUCGCCUUCCUCAGAGCAGGGCAUGGCAUCCAACAGCAUCUUCGAUUCCUUCCCGACCUACUCGCCAUCCUUCAUCCGCGACCCGACCACCAGCCGCCGCUUCACACCUCCUUCCACGGCCUUCCCCUGCGGCGGCGGCGGCGGCGGCAAGAUGGGCGAGAACAGCGGCGCGCUGAGCGCGCAGGCGGCCGGGGGGCCCGGCGGGCGCGCGCGGCCCGAGGUGCGCUCGAUGGUGGACGUGCUGGCGGACCACGCGGGCGAGCUGGUGCGCACCGACAGCCCCAACUUCCUCUGCUCUGUGCUGCCCUCGCACUGGCGCUGCAACAAGACCCUGCCCGUCGCCUUCAAGGUGGUGGCGCUGGGGGAUGUACCAGAUGGAACAGUAGUGACCGUGAUGGCGGGCAAUGAUGAGAACUACUCUGCGGAACUGCGCAAUGCUUCCGCAGUCAUGAAGAACCAGGUGGCCAGGUUCAACGACCUUCGAUUCGUGGGCCGCAGCGGGCGAGGGAAGAGUUUCACAUUGACUAUCACCGUGUUCACCAACCCCACUCAAGUGGCCACUUACCACCGAGCCAUCAAGGUGACCGUGGAUGGACCCCGAGAGCCCAGACGGCACCGGCAGAAGCUGGAGGACCAGAACAAAGUAUUCCCUGACCGCUUUGGGGAGCUGGACCGACUGCGCAUGCGGGUCACUCCAAGUACACCCAGCCCCCGCAGCUCAAACACCACAGGCCACUAUGGCGGCCAGACCCAGACCCUCAUCCAAGGCACCUCCGACCUGAACCCUUUCCCGGACACCCGCCAGUUCGACCGUUCCUUCCCAGCACUGCUCCCAGAGAACCGCUUUCCCGACCCCAGGAUGCAUUACCCGGGGACCAUGUCAGCCUUCCCCUACAGCGCCACACCCUCAGGCACGAGCAUCAGCAGCCUCAGCAUGCCCGCCACCAGUCGUUUCCAUCACACCUACCUCCCACCGCCCUACCCAGGAGCCCCGCAGAACCAGAGCGGGCCCUUCCAGGCCAAUCCGUCCCCUUACCACCUCUACUAUGGUGCCUCCUCCGGCUCCUACCAGUUCUCCAUGGUGGCUGGCAGCAGCAGCGGGGGUGACCGCUCCCCCACCCGCAUGCUCACCUCCUGCACCAGCAGCGCCGCCUCUGUGGCAGCUGGCAACCUCAUGAACCCCAGCCUGGGAGGCCAGAGUGACGGUGUGGAGGCUGAUGGCAGCCACAGCAACUCACCCACUGCCCUGAGCACACCGGGCCGCAUGGACGAGGCUGUGUGGCGACCCUACUGACUGCCUGGGGUGGAAGUGGACUGCUCCCACUAGUGAUGGGAACCCCAAGAGCCAGGAGGCUGGCUCAGCUCAGCAGCUCAGGGUGGGAAGGAAGCUUCAGCUCCAGGGCAGUCGUGGGCCUCAGGUCCUAGGUUCCAGAGCUGGGCGGGUGGCUCUGAGCAUGAGUCUAGCCACAUGUUUGUACAGAGGGGUCAGAACUGGCCCCAAGACACUGCCCUAGCCUGAUUCCUAGUCAUCUCAUUCCCACAUUCCUAUAAGAAUGUAGCCUCCUUCUGCCCUCUUUCCCUGGAAUCACCUGAUGGCCCUCCCCCACCCCCACCCCCAAAGUUGUCCCCAGUGCUGUCAGGGGGCCCAGGUCUCAGGACAGAAGUCAUCUCUGUUCCAAAGGAAGAAGCAUUGCCCACAUGGCUGGGCCCCUUAUCCACAGUGCCCUGGGAAGACCUCCCUACUCUACCUUCCUCAGAGGCCCUGCCCUUUGGCCCAGUCCUCCCUCCAUAUUUACACAGGUUGACUAAGAACUGGAAGGCUCCCCUACCCCUUGAGAGGGUCUUUCCUCAUAUUUCUUGGGCAUGGGCCCAUGAAAUUGUUGACAAAGUAAGAACAUCCUCAGUCCAGCCCCCCACCCCCAGCUCUUUUCCCCAUAACCCCAAACAACUAAGAAACCCUGUCCCAGCUGUCUGUGGGUCCUAGACCCCAGAACAGACUGACCUGUGUCCUCAAGUCCCUAAAAACCAGGGAAAGCACCUGCAGACAGGUCCUUCGUGCACUUUGCCAGCUUAGUGCAUUCAGCCUGUGGGGGGACAGGGCUCCCCUUCCCUUAAGUUGGUUUCCAAAUUGCCAUGAUUGGAGAGAGCACAGGAGACCUGGUAGAUCAUAGCAGGAAGUGUCAGAGUGAGGAUGUCUGCUUCCCUGUCGUUGUCCCAGGUCUAACCAGGCUGUGCCACAUUCAGCCCCCAGCCUCCAACAUGCAGCUCUCCAUCUGUCAUCACUCUGUGUCCCAAAAGCAGUUAAACCUGUUUCUAAAACAGAUUCUAGCAAAAGGAGCUCCAGUCAAACAGUCCAGUAUGGGUCUUCAGCCCAGUCCCAUGACAGCGACACAGAUCCAGCUCCCUUCUGACAGUGUGGGACAGUCAGUCUCUGGGUACCUGCAUGAGAGGUCACAGCGCUCCACUAACCUCCAGCAACCCUGGUCCCAGAGUGGUCCAAGGAAGUACUGGUGAAAUGCUAGAUGCUCCCACCUGUGGCUCUUAGACAUUUGCCUGGGAGUCCUGAGAGUGUUCAGGCAGAGGUGGGGGGGGGUGGUCUGUGAGCACAGAGACAGGUGACUGCUCACCUCAGCUCUGCUCAUACAGCCCCCAUGUUGCCCUAUUGGCCAGGGUACAGUCUGCAUGGACUCUCCAAUCUAGGUUCUUGAGUUCCAGAAAGGCCUACAUAGGGAAGGACAAGCAGAUCCCUCUAAAGGCUAGACAGCAUGAGGUUUUUCAUCAUUGUUUCAUCCAUGCUCUCUGUGGAGAUGGAAAUCUCCCCUGCAGAUUGUUCCUGGUAGUGGGUGUCUGCUGGCACCCAGCCUGCCCAAACACACACAUCAUAGCAGCCAGUUAACAUAAACUGCUAGGCCAGGGAGUCCUGGUAAUCUUAGGUCAAAGUCCACUGGCUGCAGUUCCUCUGGUUCUCCCUCACUGAAAAGCAUUCUUCAUCUCUUCAGAAUAGCUGGUAGGGUGUCCUACUGACCCCCUACGUCCAGGGGUCUCUCCACCCCUUCUCAGGAAGCAGCUACGAGUCCCUUACCCUUGAACCUUCUUCGCGCUCCUGUCUUCCAUGGUUGACUGGCCCCAGGCCUGCUUGGGUGGCACCCUUGGGUUCCCAGUGCCCAGCACUUUGUAAUCCCCAUUCCCAUCCCAAGACUUCUACCCCUUCCUGAUUGUCAUGCCCCAUUGGAGACAGGGACUGGAAAGAAACUGACUCCCACCCUCAACCUGAAAGUGACGGCAGCCACACUGAGUCUGACUCCAAAACCCCUUGUGGAUCCAGACAGCCAGGGCUGAUAGAAAUGGGUCCUGAUUAAGAAGGCUGCUUUAGAGUUGUACUAGGCAAACACACUGAUUUGGAAAGCACAAGGAAACAAAGGGAGUUUGAUAACCCUGUGAUUGUAAGCCUGUUGCUGGUGGGUAGAGAUCCUUUGUGACAUAUUGUCAUGCCAAGGUGUUAAUAUCUGCUACUCAUGUAUCUUCUGCAAAACUGUCUAGAGCUGGGAAGAGGGUGGGAAGGGAGUGGAAACUGCUUUGCACUAUAAUUUGCUUGGUGUGUUUGUUUUUAAUGCACAACUUGCUUGUACAGUAAACUGUCUUCUGUACUAUUUAACUGUAAAA